GUGUGUUCUCCUGUGUGAGCUAGGUGGAGGGCUGAGUGCUCCCAGGGCCUCAUUGUGUCUGAAAUCUAAACAAUCAGGGCAGCUGCAGCAGUGAAGCAUGGUCAUCUGCCACGCCACAGCUUCCUCCACCCUCUCAGCCCAGCACACACACACUUCCUCCAGAGAGAGCGAGGUCAGUGCAUGGCUAUAUUUAGUGCCAUGAGCCUUGGCUUACACCCAGCAAUGGUAUAAAAGGCUGUGCCUGUAGAGAAGAUCAGACCCAACUCACAGACUAAGAGCAAGCAGCAGCUCCCUGACACAGAGCAGUAUCAGGACUACAUCAUAUCUCACAAGACUCAAGCGUAUAUUUACACCAGCAUGAGGCCGAGAAGACUGCUGUUAUCCGUGGCUCCUUUGCCCACAAUAACAGAGACGCACGAGGAUGCCUCACAGACGGGAUGCUCCUCGCAGUCUAUGGAGGAAUAUGUCGACUCUAUUAAAAAGCUGGCCCAGCCUGCAUACGGCCCUGUGCGGGUUGCACGGACUCUGAGGCCUCGUCUCUUUUCCAAGCCUCUGGACAAACACUUGGGAAGUAGCAGCUCACUUCACUGCUCCUACAGGACCCCACGGUCACGUGUAACCACGCUGGGUCUAGAUGAGCUUACACACAGUUUCAGCAGCCACAGAGACCCGGUGGACUGGCUCUUUGCACAGACACAGUUACCUGCACCUCGAGAGGAGCUGCGCAGGACUGACAGUGCACCAGCUGCCCUGAGGUUACUGUAAUAAACUACUCACAAUGGAACUGUGCUGCACUGGACUGAGAAACGAUACACUGGAGGAUGUUGGACGCAGACUUAAUAAUAGCUUAAUUUAUUUGUGUGUGUCUGUUUUUUUUGUUUUAUGUUUACAUUGUAUGUUUUAAAUAAAGUUUAACAGUUUGGAAA